UAGCAAAGCAAAUCAACUAUGUCGCAGUACGACGCACACUCCAUCUCCCGGGCCACCUCCCUGUCCAGGAAGUCCACCGUGGCAUCCAGGAACAAGUCCCUCAUCUCCAAGCAGACUGCACCCCAUGAGCUCAAGCCCUCGGACAUUCUCAUCGAGAGGUUCAAUGGCUGGAAGCACAUCACCAAGCAGCUCAUUGCCUACUUUGAGGGUAUUGCUGACAUUGAGUACAACACCGCAAAGGAGCUCACCAAGCUCGGUGGUGUGAUCCAGGUGCCCUUCCGUGAGGGCUCUCAGUUCCUCGGCGAGAACGGUAUCCAGGACAUCUACUAUGGCAUCCGUGACAAGACCCGUGUCAUCGCCGACCACCAUGCUAACCUGGCCAAGACCGUAGAGGGCUCCAUCGUCCAGCACCUGCAGAAGCUGCGUGCUGAGAUCAAGGCUCACGUCAAGAACAUCCAACAAGACACUGGCAAGCUCGCCAACUCCGUCGCACGGGAGCGUGAGAUGUCCACCAAGAUGAUUGCCGACCUGGCCCGAUCCAUCACUCUGCUCAAGAACACCCCCAUGAGCGUCACUGCCCGUGAGGACCCCUACUCUACCAACGUUGCCGUUGCCAAGCAGCUGCAGCGACAGGUCAACGAGGAGAAUGCUCUGCAGAAGUCGAUUGUCAUCAUGCAGCAGAACUCUGCCCACUUCGAAGAGGGCAUCGUCCGAUCUAUCCAGAGUGCUUGGCAGACCUUCGACGAGUGGUCUGGCCGUAUGAGCGCUCAGGUCCAGGACACCUGGCUCGGACUUGGCGUGCACAUGCGAUCUCUCCAGCCCAACUCCGAGUGGAUUGCCUUUGCCGCCCGAUCCGACCACCUCAUCGACCCCGACACACCUCUCCGAAACCCCGAGACCAUCGAGUACCCCGGCAAGGAGGACCCCUCUGUUAUCCCCGUUCACCAAGGCAUCCUGGAGCGCAAGAAGCGAUUCACCAAGUCUUACAAGGAGUCAUUCUACGUUCUUACUCCCUCUGGUUACCUGCAUGAAAUGACCUCGUCCGACCCCACCAAGAGCGGCGCCCCUGCUCUUUCUCUCUUCUUGCCUGAGUGCACCCUCGGUGCCCCAUCGACCAUGGCCUCCAAGUCGCACAAGUGGCACAUCACCGCCGGUUCUCCUCAGAAGGGCAUCCAGAAGGCUCUGGGCCGUGGAGAGCACGCAUACACCUUCCGCGCUCGCUCUCACGACGAGAUGAUGGAGUGGUGGAACGACAUCAAGCAGCUGUCCAAGGUCUACCUUACCACCUCUGAGCAGAUGGACCGAUCUGGACCCGUCCCCGCUGCCGUCCGCUCGGCUGGUUACGUUUCUGCCUCUGACGAGGAGGACGAGGAGGAGGACGGAAGCUCCGUCGAGGAAGAGGAGGAUGAGGAGGAGUACGAGGAGGCCGGCGACGAGUCUGCCGCUGCCAACACGCACGCAAACUCAUCCGCUGCCCCCGCUCUCGGUGCACCAGCCACUAGCGCCACCCCUGCCUCUGGCAACGCCGCCAGUGCCGGUGAGGAUGUGCCCGGCUACUCUGCCCCUGGCAAGUCGUCUGGCAUCGAGAUUGGUCACAAUGGCUACGCUACUGAGAAGAAGGGCGAGUCUGCCGUCUCUGGCACUCCUGCUGGCGAGCCUUCUCAGGACGCCAGCAAGGGCAAGGCUGUUGAAGGCACCACUGAGUAAACAAUCUUCGUUAAAAGCCUCAAGCAAGCCGUCGUCGAGUCUCUCCUUUAUCCAUUAGGAAUAGGAGAGUGUGAAGGAGAGUGAGAUGUGGAGAGGAGAGGUGCCGUACGUGCACCUCGAUAUACCCUUCCAGCUUCCUGCAGGUCGUCUUUUGAAAUGUCUUUCAACUAUCCCAAAUCAUCUUUCUCUUUCCCACGUCGUGCCGGUUAUCUGCUCCAGUUUCAGCUUAUCUGCACAGGCCUGUUGUUCUCUCUUCUGUCUCUGUCGUCUU